AUGUUCUCCUCCCUCUCCUCCUGGUGGUCCGGCUCCCCCGCGCCCGCGCCCGCGCCCGCGGCCCCGGGCAAGUACGACCCCACGGACCCGAAGCAGAACCCGCUCAACCCGGACGGCCUCAAACCGUGCUGCGCGUGCCCGACGACGAAGGCGGCGCGGGACGACUGCUUCUUGCGGACGGACGGCGCGGAGGCGGACGAGCGCUGCCGGGAGCUCGUCGCGGCGCACGUCGCGUGCAUGCGCGGGUACGGGUUCAAGGUCUAG